GUCUUGUCCCGUUCCAGAACACUCGCGCUCUCGCACGACGGCACGAGCGCGCUACUGCCAUAGUGCCAUGGCGAGCGGCGGCGGUGCUGCGGCGCGGAUGGACCCGGAGGUAGCAACAGAGCUGGUGCGGAAGGGUGCCACCCUCCUCCUCCUCGAUGUCCCCCAGCGCACCCUCUUCGGAAUCGAUACCCAGAUGUUCUCUGUUGGACCCAAGUUCAAAGGGAUGAAGAUGGUGCCACCGGGAGCCCAUUUCGUCUACUACUGCUCCCCAAACAGGCAUGGGAAUGAGUUUGCACCUACUGUCGGGUUCUUUCUUACUACACACCAAUCUGAGGUGAUUGUUCGAAAGUGGGAUGUGCAAGAGGAACGAUUAAUCAAAUUAUCAGAAGAAGAGGAUAUCAGAUACUCAGAAGCUGUAAGACAUUUUGAAUUUGAUGAUCAACUUGGACCAUACAAUUUAGAUUCUUAUGGAGAUUGGAAACAACUUUCGGACUACUUGUCACCGAAUGUCAUUGAGCGUCUUGAACCAAUUGGAGGAGAAAUCACAAUUGCGUGGGAGUCAUCAUGGAUGGAUAAAGCUCCCCAAAGUGACAUGGAGAGACGUUUGGUGGAACAACUAAGAGAAGGAAAGUUUGCAAAGAAUGCUCCUGUACAGUCUGGGCGGAGAGGAUGCUACUACACAAGUAUCCCUGCUUCAGUUAAGCAUAAGGACAUCUCUGGGGGUGACUUGACAGCCCUAAACUUGGACAAAACAAGUUUGCUGGAGACUAUUUUGGCCAAAAAUUAUGAAGGUCAAGAAGAUCUAUUCUUGGGGGAGCUUCAGUUUGCUUUCAUAGCUUUUAUGAUGGGUCAAUCACUAGAGGCUUUUAUGCAGUGGAAAGCACUAGUCAGCCUUCUUUUGAGCUGCAGUGAUGCUCCCCUUCAUACAAGGACUAACAUGUUUAUAAAGUUUAUAAGGACAUUAUACUAUCAACUCAAGCAUGGUUUUCAACAUACCCAAGAUUCCAAAAGUGGGGAUAUGGGCAAUUCUCUGUGUUUGGAUGAAACAUGGUUUUCAAGAGACAUAUUCCUGUACCGUCUUUCAAAGGAUUUCUUUACAGUUGUAUUUGAAGCCCCAGUCGUGGAUGGAGACCUUCUGUCAUGGGCUAGGAAACUAAAAUCGCUUCUGGAGACUACGUUUGGGUGGGAUCUUGAGGACGACGCAGUGAACCUUAUUGAUGAAGAUGACGAGUUUGCUCCUGUCGUUGUGGAGAUGGAUGGAUCAUAAGCUAAUGAAGCCAGAUUCCAUGCAGAGAAGUCAGCAGUUGUUCAGCGUUUCUACCUUUUGGUCGGUACAUUAUGCCAUGCACAGUAGUACUAGAGAACUGAUGUUUUACGCUGAUCUUGCUGUUAGAAUCUUACGCUGUCUACUUAUUAUGAUCUAGGUACAGUGGUGCGCUGACUUGUAUGAAGUUUUACUGCUUGUGCUGACAUUGAAUAUACGUGCUAAUUAUCGACUUGGUUUCCACUUGACUGUUU